AUGUGCAUCAAUAAUAUAUAUUUGGAACGGAAAAAAUUAGAGGAAUUUUUGGAUGAGGACAUUUUGGAGGAAAAGGUUAAGGAAGUGAAGGAACUGAUCAAUGAGAUGAAGAUGGAAUUUUAUAAUGAGUAACCAGUGAGUAGAUUUGAUAUAGAUGACAAAUUGAGUGUCAAAGCAAUAUUAGGUGAGGACUCUACAGAUGUCAGUAUUAAUAUUGGUGAAUAGAAAUACUUGAUUAAUGCGUAUUACCUUAAGACAAUCGCUUUGUUUUUUGAAAUACCUAAAUAUGAAGAUGAAAUGAAAAGUUAAUAAUCUCCACCUUCACAAUAAACUAUUCAAGCUUAAUACAAGUAAAAAUAGCCUCUAUUAAAUGUGAACAUUAUUUUACUCAAGACUCUAAUAAUCACUCAUAAUGAAGCAUUAAAAAACUGUUUGGUUUUGCAAUUGGAUUCGUUUAUCAAACUCAUCGUAACUACCAUUUAAAGAAUAAAGAAAUAUAUUCAAAUCAAUAGAAUAUAAAGAAUAGAAAAUUGGAGUUGGAGUCUCACAAUAUCAGUGUUUAAUGCCAACUUUGCAGCUAUCUAAAAGAUAUCAAAAUAGACUAAGAAAAAGAUGAUAUUAUAUCCAAUAAAAAUUGAGUUCAAUAGAAACCAAUUUACUUGUGAGUGUGAUAUAAAUUACUCUAAUUAUAAGUUAGAUGGCCAGCAUGAAUAAAUAUCUAAUAUCAUAACAUAGGAUUAAUUAAGGUUUGAUAAAAUUAGAAUCAAUACUUCACACAAUGAUUAUGCUCUGAUACUACAAACAGUCUAGUAUUAACAAGAAUAGGUUAAGUUGUGCGACUAAUUUUUCAGUGAUGAUCAAGAAUCUUCUGUUAAUGAAACCAUAAUUCGUUAGUUGCCUAUUAAGCCAUCAUUAGUGACUGAAUUGACGAUUCUGAGUAGGAAUGAUACAAAAAGAAAGAGUUUCUUGCCUGGAAAAUCGCAAUUAAGCAGGUUAAAAUCAAGUGUGCUCUAAGGGUCUCAAUAGAAGGAUGAAGUAAUGUAGGUGUUUUAUGCAGGAGUAGAUUAAGACAUGGAGAUGGUUAAAGAGGAGGAGAUUUUGUCUGAAUAGGAGUACCAAUAUGAAACAAUAAAGCCAUAGGUGAAAAUAAAUAGAAUGAAGAUAAAGUUGGAUCUUCUGGAGAUAGUAUUGGUUAAUGAUAUUAACAAAUCAUUCGCUCCAUUAUUACUCUUUAGAUUUAAUGUGAAGAAAUUUAUGUUUGAUCAAAACUACAUCAGCAAAGCAUUGAAAUGUUUAUUCCAAAUUGAAUUGAUGUAUUUCAAUCCUGUUGUGAGUAAGAUGGAACCCAUCAUAGAACCCUAUCUAUCAGAAUUGUUGAUUGUACAACAAAAUCAAUAUAUGCAAACAAUCCAUAUUAAUGGCCUUACACCCAUUUUGGAUAUGAAUCUAUCCACUGAUAUGAUCCUCAAUCUAUACAAGACGUUGACUCAAUGGCAGUAAUUAGACUAGGAUGAUGAAGAGGACACCUUCAGAAGAAAUGAAUCCAAGAAGAUUACGAGAUUGGCUAGUAUGAAGGGUAUCUCUUUCAAAGAAAACCAAGAUAAUGUGACUCUCUUUUCACUUCAUAAUAAGAGUGGGUAUGCUCUGAAGGUUUAGAAGAAUGGAAAUGAUGGUUUAAUAGAAAUAUCAAAUAAUGAUUCUAAAAAUUAUGAGGUACAAUCUCAUGAUGAGGAUUAUGCUAAGACCUUUGAAAGUGACACAAGACUAAUGAUUAAAUUUUUAGAUGCUUCAAUGGCUCAAAAUGCUAUUAGUAAUGUUCCUAUCAAUUAUGCUGGAGUUAAAAAAUUAUAAUGGAAUGACCAAGCAUAAUACUAUGUACUCAGUACUUAAAUUGAGAACUUGUAGAAAACAAUUACCAUUUAUUCUCCGUACAUGUUUGUUAAUCAAACAGAUUGUGAUUUGUCCAUCAAAUUAUCUUGCAUCAAAAUUACAAAGAACUUUAUCCUCAAACCAGGAGAACAAGCGGCCAUGCCUCAAGAAUUGUAUAAGGACGAUAGUUUUAUUGUGAUUCAUUUCUCAGAUUCCAAAUACACCAAAUUAACUCAACCAAACGAACCCAUAUUCAUUAAGAGGAUAUUCCAUGACAUUACCAUUUUAAUACAUCACUACCCAUGUUACACCUUAGCCACUCUCAAUACUACCUUAGUUUAGAAUGUCAAAUAUAUUGAAUUUAAACCAGCCUUUAUUUUAUACAAUUUAUUACCAGUUCCUCUUUAGUUUCUGUUUCACUCAAAUGAGAAUCUGGAAAUUCAAAAAUUCAUCAUCAAUCAUUACAAGAGACCCAACAACGUAAUUCAAUACGAAAAGCAAUAAUCGGCAUUGUCCAGAGGGAAUUCAUUGUCACAUUUGUAGAAUGAUUAACAUGAUAACCUAGUGAGAUCAGUAACAAUUACAGAAUUUAAUUACACAGCAACAAUUAAAGUAGAAUCAGGAUUGAUAGAAGUAGUUCCUUAAGGGCAAUUAUAGUUGCAUUGGUUGAAGAAUGGGGAUCAUUUGGGAAUCAAUUUACAUGUCAGUGGCUUCGAAUUAAGUUAGUAAUAAGAUAUUACAUAAGCCACUGAAUUUGAAUUGAGAGACACUAAUAAUAGUUAAAGUUGCCACAUCAAGGUAGAAAAGGAACAGGCUAAAUAGACCAAAUUGAUUUAUUUUUCAGUCCAAACUUGUAUUAUUAACACAACAAAUCAACGAUUAAAAUAUUACACUUUGAAAGAUGAAAAGCCACUACUAUUAUCAGGAUAAAACAAGGAACCUAAACCAGACAAAGAGAGUUUUGAGAGCAAUUAUGAAAAGAUCUAAAUAACUGACACCAUUAAAUAUUUGAUGAUAGGAGUGGAGGAUUGCAUCUCCAAUGAGGUUAAUGUUGGUAUCUUGGGUUCUUUGGGAUUGCAAUUGAAGUAAAAACAUGGAGGUAUCGUUUCAUUAAACGAGUUCGGUAUUCACAUUUCAUUGGCAAACAACGUAAUUAGAAAGGGUGUCUAUACCAAAGUCAUUGAGAUUAUGCCGAGAUUUGUGGUGUUGAAUAAUACAGGUGUACAAAUCAAUAUUUGUUAAUCGGGAUAUGAGUCAUAACCAAAACGAUUAAAUCCGAACGAGAGAUAUCAUUUGAUUUGGCCUGAUUGCAGAUUAGAGAAAUCAAUCAGAGUCUAGAAGUGCGGUAAAUACAAUUGGAGUGGAGACUUGUUUAUUAAUGAAAUUAGAAGUACAAACUUCUUUUCUUCUGGCACUAAUGAAAAUAGUUAAUAAUUAAGCAACAUUUCCAUAGAACAGCAGAAGAGUCGAAUAUUUGAGAAAUCAGGCAUCUACAAAUAGUUCAAUCUGAAGAAAUACGAUCCUUAAGAGUUUCUCAAUUAUAAAGAAUCAUUGCCAUUGCAAACCUCAAUGCUUUGCUAAUCAAGUUAGGAUUUCUUUAAGGAUUGCUUGUUCUUGACUGCUGAAAUUACGAAGGUCAAGGCCACCAAUUUCAUUUUACUGGAACAACAAAAUGAGGAGAAUCAGCUCUACAAAUUGGUCAACAAGUGUAGGCCAUUCAAAAUACAUUAUGGAUAAGAUAGUUAUAACAGCUUUUAAGAGUGGGUGUUGGAUUGCGAUUAAACAGUGCCUUUUUCUUGGGAACAACCUAGUCAUUCAUUCAAGCUUAAAGUCAAAUUUGUUUACAAUCAGAAAGUUGAACAUAUUGAAAUCAUAGAUUUCUAAUAAUAGGAGAGUCUUUAGGAGAUCAAAUUUUCUAAUUAUUUUGUGUGGAUAAAGUCUGAAUUCUAAGGAUAAACCAGAGUCAUUACAUUUUAAUAAGUCAAUGAAACCAUGCGCAAUAUGACUACUUCUCAUAAACGAGAAAUUGAGGAUAUUCACAAGUUAAUUAAAUUGUACAUCUCUCAAUUAGGUAUUUCCAUAAUAACAAAGCGGUAAAACAUGCUUCUUGAAGCCAACUACAUAUAUAUGAGUGGAAUUGAAUUAGGAAUCAUGCAGACUGAAAAUGAAACUACUGCUCAAUUGAGAGUCAAGUUUUUUCAUAUUGAUAAUAACACUUCUUUGGAUACUACUACUCCCGUCUUGAUGACAUUGAGAAGGUACUAUUAAGUCACACAUGAUCGAAAUUACUACUUUUUAGAAGCCAGUUGUUCCUUUGAACAUUAAGUCAAAGCCAUUUUACUGUACAAUUCCAUCAAAAUCUACAUUUAGCCAUUCCAAUUACAAUUUGACGAAGAAUAUAUUCAAGUAGUUCUUGAAACCAUCAAGUAAGUCAAAUAGUGUCUCUAAAACUAAUUUGAAUUAGAGUAUAAUGGAUCACCUCACUCAAUCAAAUCUUUAUGUUUCUAAACUCCUUAACAAAGACAUUAUUACUUGGAAUCUAUGUUUUAAUAGAACUCAUCCAACCCUUGUAUUGUAUGGAAGUCUCUAGAAAUUAAAAGAUCAAAGAAAUAGGUUUACAUCAAAGAGUUUGUUCUCUCCAAAAUCGAUUUACGAUUCUCGUUUCAUAAAAGAUUCAGAACAAAUAUUUAAUAUGAUGAAAAUGUAUUCAAUCUAUUUUCUACAGCCAUUGGAGCUACAGUCUAAAACUUUAAUGAAGCUGAAAUCAUCCUAGAUUGUUUCAGAUUAAGAUCAGUCUAUGAUUCAAAAGAUAUUGUACUCCAAUCUAUUUAAGAUCAUUAUAAGAGUGAGAUUAUCAGAGCUAUCUUAAAAAUAAUUGGAUCCAUUGAAAUCAUUGGAAAUCCAGUUAAGUUUGUGCAAUAAAUUACAAAUGGAGUUGUUGACUUUGUUGAAAUGCCCAUACAAGGUUUACGACAUGGUCCACUUGAAUUUGGUGUUGGAUUAUGCAAGGGUACAGGAUCUCUAUUAAAAAAUACAGUUGCUGGAGCCUUCUACUCUGUUAACAAAGUCACUGGAUCUAUCAGUGCAAGUGUUUCAUUACUUACUAUGGAUGAUGAUUAUUUGGAAAAACGAAGAAUAUUCAUGUUGAAAAGACCUGAUCAUGUUUUGGAUGGAUUAUCCUAAGCAGGUCAUUGUCUUUAUAAUGGAUUUUCUAAUGGAAUUACUGGUGUUGUCACCCAACCAUAUCAAGAAACUCAAAAAAAUGGAUUAAAAGGAUUCGUUAAGGGCACCCUGAAGGGAUUAUCUGGUUUGGUUGUUAAGCCUAUAGCUGGAGUUCUAGAUGCCAGUGCAAAAGCAGCCGAAGGUGUUGUUUCGACUGCCACUCAUUUCGAUGAUAAACCAAAUGACACCCGAAUCAGAUAUCCAAGGAUUUUCUAUGAGAAAUCUAAAUACUUUUAAAAGUAUAUUGCUUUAGAUGCUCAGGUAGUUAAUUUCCUGGUUGGCUUUAUGAAUGGAAGAUAUAAGGACAUCGAAAUCGUUACCUGCUUUCACUUGAAGGAAACUGAAACCUAACUCAACAACAUGCAGAGACAAAUAUUAUCUGCUACUAAAUCGAUUCAUGAAUGUUUUAAGUAUACUUCUAAAAUACUAAUACUAUCAUAUUAAUAUAUUUUAGUACUUGAGAACAUGACACUUGUGUAAGAGAUCAUAACAAAAGAAAUCGUAGAAAUAUCACAGCCAAUUAAUGGAUUCCUUAGACUCUCAACAGAAUUCAAACAAAAUAUAGAAAUCAACAUACUGUUAGAUGAAAUCGAAUUGAAAAAAGCCACAUCAUUAUUAGAUUACUUACAUUAAUAAGUUAAAAGUCAAUAUGAUUGA